AUGAUACAAAAAAAGGCUACUGGUAAUAAGCAAGGACCAACUUCACAGGAAAACGGUACUGCGGAACCAAAACACCAAGAAAAAGAUAGAACACCAGUCGUGUCCAGGUCACAGAGAGCUGGUUUACAAUUCCCGGUUGGUCGUAUUCAUCGUUAUUUGAAAAAACGAACUCUGAAUAAUGCACGUGUUGGCGCGAAAGCUGCCGUUUAUUCAGCUGCUAUUCUAGAAUAUCUUACAGCAGAAGUUCUCGAAUUAGCAGGAAAUGCGUCUAAAGAUCUGAAAGUCAAACGUAUCACGCCACGUCAUCUACAAUUAGCAAUUCGAGGUGAUGAAGAACUAGAUACGCUGAUUCGAGCUACAAUUGCUGGCGGUGGUGUUUUACCAGUAAGCUUCAUUUAA